GAGAGAGAGAGAGAGAGAGAAGAAGCGAGGGGGAGGAACAUGGGGAGAUCGCCAUGCUGCGAGAAAGCUCACACCAACAAGGGUGCAUGGACCAAGGAGGAGGACGAGCGCCUCAUCGCUCACAUCCGAGCCCACGGAGAGGGCUGCUGGCGUUCCCUCCCCAAGGCCGCCGGUCUGCUCCGGUGCGGCAAGAGCUGCCGCCUUCGGUGGAUCAACUACCUCCGCCCCGACCUCAAGCGCGGCAACUUCACCGAGGACGAGGACGAGCUCAUCAUCAAGCUCCACAGUCUCUUGGGCAACAAAUGGUCGCUGAUCGCUGCAAGACUCCCCGGGAGAACGGACAACGAGAUUAAGAACCACUGGAACACACACAUCAGGCGGAAGCUACUGAGUCGAGGAGUGGAUCCUGCGACCCACCGGCCGGUCAACGACCGUCCGCCAUCUAACAUUACAAUCUCCUUCGAGAGGAGAGAGGGGAAGGCGGUCGGCGGCAGCGAGGAGUCAUCGGUAUGGCAGCAGCAAACCCAGCGUCCAGACCUCAACCUGGAGCUGUGCAUAAGCCUUCCCUUCCAACAAGACCCCCAUGAGCUCACCAAGAGGGAGAAGAGCCUCUGUUUCAGCUGCAGCUUGGGGUUGCAGAACAGCAAGGAGUGCAAGUGCCGAGACUUCUCCGGCCUCAGCAAUGGAAUGUUGAGCUACAGAGGCCUGAAGAUGAAGUAAAUGCAGACAAAAGACAAUCUGGGAUAAGAGAUGAGGGAGAGGAAUAAGGGGAUCUCUUAGCUUCUAAUUCAACAGCCUCUCCCAUUUCCUAGUCCUAUUUGGAAUUUGGUGUUUUGUUUCUUUUGUACAAUUAUGAGCAGAUAUAAUACCAGAUGAUCAGCUACCAUGAACUUUAUACUGAUCUUGUGAA